AAGGAGUAAAGAUCUGUUGGAUUCGCGUUCGUCUCUUCGUCCUUGCUUGCGGUCUGUCAACUUCAUCGGACGUCCUCUGAACAUCAACAUCUGAAGUGCACACCAAUGCCAAAAUCGGUUUGUCGGAAUAUUCUUCGUAUCAAAGAGUCGUCUAGCCUUUUUCUUGUGGAAGUAGUAAGUCGUCUUGUUUUUAUUUUGGAAGUACUUGUUGCGGUUGUUGAUGUCUUUAUUCGGUCUUGAACCCCAAACCCUAGGCCCAAAAACUUCAUCUUCGGUGAAAAUGGCAAAAAAUCGACUGUAUGAAGAAUACAAGUUUUUACACAUCAUACCAUAGAAUAAGGAAAUAAGACUUGUUCCAUACUAGUUGUAUAACACGAUGACGAUUUCCGCUCCUCCUUUUGGAGGAAAAGCGUUCUCUCAAGAGAUGGCGGAAAGACCACAACUCGGCUUUGCGAGACCCGCAUCUUCUAGUACUAUGAAUUCUGGUGGUAGUACGACUAGUGUCUGGACGAGUGAUGAGUAUUCAUCUACUUGUUCUGGUACAUCUACAUCUACUACGACUCCUAGCAUGAGGAGUUCUAUUUCUACUCUUCGGACAACUACGAAGUCUGCAGCCAUUUCGUCGCUAUUUGGUCCCGGAGGUCCCUCUGCGAGUAAGCUUAAGGCGAAUGAUGGUCUGCAUAUGUUGUUCACUAGACAGUAAUUUUUUUAGAAGUACUAGGCGAUAAUUUUCAUCUAAGAUCGAAAUUAUAUCCUCCGGUUAGAUGAAAGUUAAGUCAUUCUUCUAUGUAAGUUCGUUGUAUGAUGCAGCUAAUGAGGUGGACUCAGACUCCCUUGAAGACAGGAACAGACACGCAUGGGAAUCAUAAUCAAUUCCACUUCACGCUGGAUAUCUCUUUCCUCUAAUAUCAAGACGCGCAUGCUAGUCAAGACAAAACGUGCGCAGCCUGUCUUAGCAGUCGGCGGAAGUGCUAUAAGAGCAAAUCCUAGGUGGAAACAGACUCCCAAUGCAGCGAUUCAGCAAGCAAUGAGAUGUGGUGCAGCCCCAUUUGGGGUUAGGUAUAUUUCUGCUAGUUUUUGAUAUGAGUAGAUUUACUCCUUGCUUUUUUGACCAUGUUGAAGGAACGUAGUAUUGCACUGAGUCGUGACUCGUUCGCCUCCUAGCUGACGCCUUGACAUUUUUUCUCCUUCGAUUAUCCUCACAGGUUACGCCGUUGUGGCCUUGUCUUUUUGUGGUGUUGCCUAACGUUCUUGAUCUUGGAGCCUAUCGUUGGAAUCUGGAGCGAGAUUACAAAUGGGAACCAUUACGCUAAUGACGGUGAUUUCGUAAUUCGAAAUUCUCCUGGACGAGAUGCAGCUGAGGAGGACAAAGCAGAGCGCAGAAGGAGGAGACGUCUAGCUUCUCGUAACAUGUUUUUGGAGGUGCAGCCAGCGAAAAUAACUACAGACGCAGAAGGAGGUGUUGAGAACAAUGAUGAAGAUGGAGGUGUUGAGAACAAUGAUGAAGAUGAAGGGGAUACAGUACAAGAACUACAUACAAAGAACCACGGCAACGAUUUUCUUCAAGAAAAUCUUCUUGACGCUCCUACAGGAGGAAACCUCAACCAUCUUGACGAGCAGGAUGACACCAGCAGCGUCUUGCGUCCGAUUCGUCGAGUAGAACCUAACGCUUUUCUGGAUGUUGAGCAUAGCUCUGGUGCUGCGGCCGACGUUGAAGAAGACUACUCAUUUGCUGCUGAUGCAGCUUUGCUAGUGGAAACAAGUGGUAUCGAUGUUCCGAUGGACGACGAGGAGCAAGCCUUUUUGGAUUUAUGACUGGACUUUCUUACUUAUUCUUGACCUAGGCCAGUCACAAUCUGAAAUGAUCUCUCCACGAUGAUGAUUGCCAUUUGUGUGGACAAACACGACAGCGAGUCACAGUCUAGUACUUUGUGAUGACCAUCUCUGUGGCUGAGAAGGUUUCUUCUCAAUGAUAAUUAUACAUAGAUCCCCAUACGUUGAUCUUCAUUCAAGUUCUUCUAACAAAGAUCAAUAGAAGAGGUCCGGCAGCUAUGAGGAAGAAGAAACGACCGGCGUCCUUCCUUGAGGAGCCUACUGAUCCGGCCGAGAGCAGUGACGGGCAACAACAUGACGUCGACGCGGACGAAGAGGAACAUGAGAGACCAGCGAGAGGAAGCAGACCGAACAAAGUCAGCCACAAGAACAAGAAGCAGGAUAAGAACCAGGAGAAGGAGAAGGGCAGUAAUGAACAACAUCAACAAGGAGGUGCUGGUAAGGACAGAAUUACAAGGAAUGCUCACAGUACGAAGAUGAAUGAGGGGAAGGCCAAGAAUGCGCCGCCGACUGCUGUCUCUUCUAAGACAAUUUAAGGCGCUACUUUGUUCAUCUUUCUGAUUCUGUGCUAACUGAACUAGGUCAAGAAUCGACUUCGAUACAUAGAUAUUCAGUUUUGUAUCUAUAAUAGGUCUACGGAUGUUGUACCUGUAAAGUGCUACGCAUUCAGCUCACUGGCUCUAAUUCUAAAAAGAAAAACAAUCAAGUACAGACCAACUGGCGCAUCAAUUCGCGCGAACUAGAACCGGGAAGUUCUUCAACCGCUUCUUUCCUCGUUCCGCACGUCAGGCAUUUCUUGCCUAUCUCGCUGCGGUCACGCUCCUCGUAAUCCUUGUUUGCGCGCCAUUGCUAUGGCACUUCGGCGCCUGCUGGUCGUCUUCACGUACUACUAGAACUUCCGUGGGGACGUCUACCACAACAAUAGCGGAGGGCACAAGAACUACAGCAGCGAAUGAACAAAGUACGGGAGUUCCGGAGGGGGAACUGAAUGUUACGGAAAUGAGAAUGAUGUGCGAGUUGUAGAAGGUUUACUUAUGUUUUUUUAGGUGUGUACUAGUACUUAAACUUCUUCAGUGUUUGAUUCGCUACUUUGAAGUGCCUUACUUUCCAAGUGAUGCUCCAGGUCCCUAGAAACCGAAAAAAGCUACUCCUACAAGAAGGAACUUCUAUUCUUGUUCCCUAACUCUAACUCUAUUUCUAAUGUAAUUUGUCGCAACUACUACGCGAACUCCGAUUCACGACUUGAAGGAGAUGACGAUGCAGAAGAUUCUGAGGAGGUUGAGGUCUUCAAAAACGAAGCUAACUGUACACCAAGAGGAGGACAACGUCAACAAUCAAAACUACUACCAAAAGCAAAACAUCAAUCUUCAGAAUCACAUCAAGAAGAACCUGGCACCUCUCGGUUCAGCAGGAUCACAAGACUACUGUUAGGCACCGGGAGGCUGUCCUCCUCCGACAAGGCAGAAGAACAGCGGCUUCUAUCUUCAGGUAGAAGUAUUAGUAGUAGAGAAGAUGAACAGGGUCUUGUUUUAGAUUCUGUGCAACAAUAUGAUUCCAUUACUAGUGCAACCAUAUCAGCACCCCGAAGUACCUUGAUGACGUCGAAGGGGUAUCAACACAGCAACAAGGAGAUACCGCAUAAUUUGCGUGGGGAGUCUUCUACAUCUAGUGGUGCUGCGACUCCCAGUGGCGGCGCUAGCAGUGGAACGGAAAGUUCGUUAGAGCCUUUCUCUCUUGUGCCACAGGAGCGAGAUCAUGCUGAUAAUCCUCUCGAAUUUGUUCACGGGAGGAUCAUUGAGGAUGGCUUGUCAACGACAGCUGGCGCAGAGCGACCUGUAAUAACGGUGUGGGCGUCACAGAGUAACGACCGUACAGGGAGCUCAAGAAUAGUGGGUUUCAGAAGCGCGAAGAGCUUGACGGAGGAAACAUCUUCGUCUAAGAAUAAGUUAAGACGCGUCCAGGUGAGCUUCUAUUUAACAGAUGAUGGAGAUAAUAUCACACGCGAAAGCGAUAUAAUUCAUAUUCCAUCAAUAUACCAAUACCUUGGCAACGACCUUACUCAGGUCACCUGCCUCGGUGUUGUCCAUCGACCUUACUCAGGUCACCCAUCAUUCUCGGAGUCGAGCUGGUGCCGGCGGAGCUCGACGCGCAGGAUCUAUAACCUAACCUAACCAAAACAUCUUCGGAGCAGCUCUAAUCAAUGGUGCAGUUAACCUCGACAACGGCAAGGGGAAGAAAGGCGGGAUGAAAGGAAAAGCGAGUAUGUUGAAGGGAAAAUCGGGGUACUACAGUAAUAAAGGUGGAAAGGGAUCACGCAAGUCGUCAUCGGCAUCUUCUGACAGUGGAAGCAUCUCACCGCUGCCUCAGGUUCGUGUGGCACCCGACUUGCUCAAUCCAGCUGUACCAAUUAUGGCUAAAAAUUUUUCAAAGGUUGAUGCAUGAAUAAAUUCAAGAUCUCAAUAGAUACUCUUGGUCAUAGAAGAGGUCUGCGAGGUCUGGAUUUACGUUUACUACAAUGAAAGAACUUGAAUUUAUACAUCGAUAUACAUAGAUACUUUGAGUAUAGGCAUCAUGAUCAUACUUAGCGAAGAUGAGCAUAAGAUGACAGCUACAGUACAGCACUGGACGUACUAGCUAGAAUUUCUAACUCAGUGCUCUUCCUGUCGUCGAAGGUCAGCACCACCUCAGAGAAUUUUGCAGUCGAUUCCCCACGGCAAGAACGAGUACCACUGCAAGGUAGUACGGAAGUAAAAACUACUCACGUUGAUGACUUCAUCCAAGACGACGAUCAAGAGAAGCUUCUACUACCAAUUCCUCUUCCCGGUGAUGAUGAAUCAUCUGAGGAAGACGAGGAGGAAACAUCUUCUAAGACAUCUUCUAAGCCAUCUUCUUCUAAGACAUCCUCUAAGACAUCUUCUAAGACGACUACUUUGACUUCAAAAGUACAACAGCGUGCGGAGAAACGGGUGCGCGCAUCCAGGAGCCGCAGACAUGAAGAGAUGCAGGACAGUGGAGAUCGCAUCCAACGAUGGAUCAACUCGGAGAGGAGAAAAAACUCCAAAAAUAGCAACUCUAUGGAGGACGAGAAUAAUGUUGUUGAGACGUGAGGAAUGAUGUCGUUCGUCACGUCUGAGCGAUUCGUUGAUCAUUAGAUUCCAAGACGUGAUCAUGAGGAACGAUUCGUUGAUCAUUAGAUUCCAAGAAUUGAAAGCGAACUUAAAUUUUUGUAAGUGACACGACUAGCACGAGCACGACUAAGGUGGUAGGACUACCUAUAGAUACGAAGUUCAAAUAUACUUGCGUCACGCGGCAAGUUGCGUGGAUAAAUGUCAUGUAGCCAAACUAGGACACAAGAUUCAAUGCACAGAAAAACACAAACUACACGAUCUUAAUAAAUCAAUCACACUAACAUGGAGCCGAUUAUAACACACUAAAUCUUGUUAAGCAAAUACCUCUAGUUAGGCACAUUCAUUCAUUCAUUAUCAUUCUUGUUUGUUCAAGAUUCAAGAAUACCCGACACUGAUAAUGGAUGUAUUACGUACUGAAUGAGAGAAAAGAAAGGAAGUCUUUGAACUCCUACUCAAGAAAUAAAUUAGUAACUAACUAAUGAAAGCGCCUACAAUCUAAACCAAUUCCUCACCCUUCAUAUUACGCACUGAAUGAGGUUGUCAUGGAUAGCAGUGAAAACUUCGUUGAACAACAGUGCAUAUAAAAAGUUGCAUUUUAUUGCUUCCUCUAAAAAUGAAUGAUCAGGCCUACGCCUAUUACAUGAGUCUAUCAUAAUCACGUAGAAAUAAAGCUUUUCUAAGACCUACUAGAACUUUUUUGUGAGAACUAAUCAAUGAACUCGUCUGUCAUAGUGUUUAACUAUUCCAAAAUCUGUCUUAGCAGGAGCUGAAGGACUAGGAGCAGACACGAAUGCAUGCUGUAAUCACGUAGUGAAAUAAUUCUCUUCCCAUAGCGUUCAACCGAUCAACAUUCCACAUUUUGCCUACAGACCAAGAAUAGAAAACUCAAUGUCUUCCCCCACUAUAUAUUAUAAGAUGAAGACCCGCGAACAUCUUUCCACACUAAAGAACUGCCAAUAUGAUCCCAACUUACCAGAGGAUUCAUUGCAGUGAAAUCAACCUAGAUGAAGAAUGAUCGUGAUCAAUGAU